CGGGUAUAAAAUGGAAAGGACUACCAUGGAUCGAAGCAGCACGCCAGGAUUGCCAAAGCCAACCUUCCCAAAUCGCAGAGGCUCCUUACCCUAAAUCUGAAUCCCGAAAAGCCAUACCCACCCAAACCACCAUGUCUUCGGCCUCCUCCCCAGACCACUACGACUUCAUCUCCCUCGGCUCCGGCGAGGGCGGCAAGUUCACGGCCUGGACGCUCGCGCGCGACCAGGGCAAGAGGUGCGCCGUCAUCGAGCGCCAGUGGGUCGGGGGCUCCUGCCCCAACGUGGCCUGCCUCCCGUCCAAGAACUACGUGCGGUCGGGCAAGGUGGCGCAUGAGCUGAGCCUGGGCGCGUCCUACGGCCUCGGCGCCUACACCGCCGCCGCCGCCGGGCAGGUGCGUGCCUCAAUGGCCGAGGUCAAGGCGCGCAAGACGACCAUGGUGCAGGGUAUGGUCGACCUGCACAUGAACAUGUUUCGCGACACGGGCGUGGAGCUCAUCCGGGGCACGGGGCGGUUCGUAGGCCCAAAGAAGAUCCAGAUCGACGGCGGCAGGGUCGUCACGGCGGACUCGAUCGUCAUCUGCACCGGGUCGACCUCCAAGGUCGACGGCGGGGUUCCGGGUCUGGUGGAGGCGCAGCCGCUGACGCACGUCGGCAUCCUCGACCUCGACCAUCUCCCGCUGCACCUACUCGUGCUGGGCGGCGGCUACAUCGGGCUGGAGUUCGCCCAGACGUUCCGGCGGCUCGGGUCCGAUGUGACGCUGGUCGAGCACAACGCACAGAUCAUCAAGCGCGAGGACCCAGAUGUUGCCGAGGCGCUGGCGGGGGUGCUCGCAGCCGAGGGGGUCAAGAUACUCACCUCUGCGAGCGUGAUUCGGGUCACGGGCAGGUCGGGGGACUCGGUUACGGUGACGGUGGACCAGCAAGGGAAACGGCACACCAUCACGGCGUCGCACAUGCUCGUGGCGACGGGGCGGACGCCCAACACGGCCGACAUCGGACUCGAGACAGCCGGUGUCGAGCUCGCAGGCGGUGGCGGGGCGGGCCACGUCAAGGUCGACGCACAGCUGCGCACCACGGCGGACGGUGUCUUCGCGGUCGGCGACUGCGCCGGCAGCCCGCACUUCACGCACAUGGGUUUCGACGACUUCCGCGUCGUGCACGACCAGCUCUCUAACGUCGUCGAGGCCCGGCGGCGGGCCGGCGGCGUGGCGGGGCGGCAGGUGCCGUCGACGCUGUUCACGUCGCCCGAGCUGGCGCAGGUGGGGCUGCGGGAGCGCGAGGCGCGCGAGAGGGGGGUGGCGGUCCGCGUGGCGAGGCUGCCCAUGGCGGCGUUCCUGCGCGCGCGCACCCUUGGCGGCGGUGCGGCGGCCGUGGGGUUCGCAAAGGUGCUGGUCGAGGCUGACGGCGAUGGGAUUCUGGGGUUCGCGGCGCUGGGGCCGUCGGCGGGCGAGAUGCUGCCCGUCGUGCAGCUGGCUAUGAGGCUGGGGGCGCCGUAUACAGAGAUCGCGAACCUGAUCGUGGUCCACCCGACCAUGUGCGAGGGUCUGGUGCAGCUUUUUGCGUCGGUGCCGGCCCGGAAAUAGCGGCGAGGUGUGGAAUCUGGUGUUGGAUAACUGCCCGAUACUUUGUCAUCCAUCUGCCUGCACAUGGCCAACUCUA